GUAUCUUGUACGUUAUAUACCCCUAUCCUUGGACCUUCGGGUCCUAACAAUAUGAGAGAUUCCUCAGAGUUGGUUCUCGCACCGCUGCGGCGACUGUAGAUCUUGAGAAUCUACAUGGAGAAGAUGGUUAUGCGCCACAAGGUCAAUUCAGAUCAUGGGCAACAUCUGCCAAACUCAAGGAGGUUCCCGACCUCACCAGAUCGUGGAUCCUCCCAGAAUCUCACGAGGUUAUGGGAGUGUGCGUGAUAUACAUGAACCAGGCGAGGAUCAGAAGGGAGCGGAGACGAACUUUACCACCUGCGUUCGUCGCCAGUUUGAUCGUCAAACCAAAGUCAAAUUAACGAAACCCUAGAUCUGUCUCAGAUUUAAUAACAAGCACAAGUUUUUACAUGGGAGCACACCCCCUAGGGCGUAAUGAGACCCGGAGAACGAGAGGUAUAAAAACCCAACAGGAUACUCACAAAGAGUACCACUGCUCAGUGCUCUCCAUCCCAUACUUUUCACCCCCCAUUCAAUGGCAUUUACCUCCAUCUACUCAUGGUCUAUUGACCAUAUCAAACACGUCUUCGAAGCCAAGUCGGAAGACGAGUGUCUAAGAGCGAUCGAAGACACUUUCUCUCAUCACAUCGACGUCUCCGUCAAUGGAAAAGAGCUGUCCAGGAUAGAGCUUCAAAAAUUUGUUCUGACGAUGGUGAAGACGUCAGGCUUCCGCUUGAACGUCUCAUGGCAGAAUGCCGUGGAAGUUCCACGAGAUGCAUCGAAUCGAGAUGGUGCUCUUGGUGGAUACUAUAUCAUCCGCAACGUCCGAAAACCUGGACCAGGAGUUACGCCUUCUGCCCGCUAUGAGCGACAUAAGUUUGUCAACGUCGUCAUCGAGUCUGAGUCUGCGAAUGACAGAAUCGAUAGUCGACGAAUUGUCAAACUCUCGCUGACAGCAAUGGAUAAACCUGUUUCUUAACAUACCCUUCUCGUCAGCCUUUCGGUCCGCAAGCGUCCUGAACUUUACCUUAUCGUCGUACCUAUUCAUCCCAACAUACCCUUCUCAUCACCACCUUACGAUCUUACGUUACUUCACUUCCUCUUUCAUGCAGUGAUGCCAACCGUCAUUGGCGCAUCCAUUUCUAUUUGGGCUCGGCUGGUUCCUUGUCUUCAUUCAAAAAGAGAGUUUCCGAUAAACUUCUGCAUCAGUUCCGAUGGAUAGCACCAGCCCAUAGGGAUUGCAAACUUUGCACGCAUUUAGUAUAGCACAUGACAACGAUAGAAAUAGACUCGCGUACUUCUCCUUAC